GCUGGCCCCGCCCACUGCCCGGAGGCACCGCCCCGCGCGGCGCGCACUCCCGGCCAGCAGGGGGCGCGGCAGCGCGGCCGCGUCGCUCCGGAAAGAGCCGAAGGGCGGCGGAGGCGGCCGAGCCGGGGCGGAGCGGGCACAGCGACCAUGGCGCAGCAGGUCGAGCAGCUGCGGGCGGACGGCGUGUACAAGGAGGUGCUGCGGGAGGGCACCGGGCCGCUGCCCGACUUCCGCGACGGCACCAAGGCCACCUUCCACUACCGGACGCUGCGAUGCGGGGACGAGGAGGCGCCGCUGGACGACAGCCGGACGCGGGGGAAGCCCAUGGAGCUGAUCGUUGGGAAGAAGUUCAAGCUGCCGGUGUGGGAAGCGGCGCUGCGCACCAUGCGGCCCGGGGAGCGCGCCCGCUUCCGCUGCGACACCAAGCACGUCGUGCUCUACCCGCUGGUGUCCAAGAGCCUGCGCAACAUCGCAGCAGGGAAAGACCCGCUGGAGGGGCAGCGGCACUGCUGCAGCAUCGCCCAGCUGCACGACCACUGUUCCCUGGGCUACCCUGACCUCGAUGAGCUCCAGAAGAACCCCCAGCCCCUUAUUUUCGACAUCGAAGUGCUCAAGGUGGAGGCACCCGGCUCCUACCAGCAGGACCCCUGGGCCAUGACGGAUGAGGAGAAGCUGCAGGCCGUACCCCUGAUCCACAAGGAAGGCAACGAGCUGUACCGGCAGGGCAAGGUGCAGGAGGCGGCUGCCAAAUACUACGAUGCCAUCGCCUGUCUCAAGAACCUCCAGAUGAAGGAGCAGCCAGGCUCUCCGGACUGGAUCGAGCUUGACCAGAAGAUCACCCCUCUGCUGUUAAAUUACUGCCAGUGCAAGCUGCAGUGCGAGGAGUACUAUGAGGUGCUUGAUCACUGCUCCUCCAUCCUCAACAAAUAUGAAGACAACGUGAAGGCGUAUUUCAAGCGGGGGAAGGCCCACGCGGCGGUGUGGAACGUGGCAGAGGCGCAGGCCGACUUUGCCAAGGUGCUGGCCCUUGACCCCUCGCUCCGUCCCGUCGUCUCCAAGGAGCUGCGGAGCCUGGAAGCUCGGCUGCGGGAGAAGGACGCCGAGGACAAGGUCCGCUUCAAGGGCAUGUUCUCGCAGUAGAGCCCAUGGCCGCAGUGGAGAGCCGAGCGCUCUUGGAACGUGUUCUUUUAGUUAUUCCACAUGUGGAAUGUUCAUGGAUGUUUAUUAAUGUUUAAUACAAGUUUUACAUAUUUGAAAUCAUUGGAAGUGGCCCGGGAGCUCGCCGCAGCCCGGGCACACACAGCGCACUUAAGUGGCAGCGUGAAGCAGCGCAGAGCUUGGCUGAAGCGCAAUUUAAGCGUGAAGCUCCUUGCCAGGCUCCAGACUCUGCUCAUCGUCACACCAGGAAGGGACAUGGGGUGACACGACCUCAAACCUGCUGCUCUCUGCCAAAUCAUUUUAUUUGUUGUUCGAUGUUUUUAUACUUUGCAUUGGGCUGAGCCACCACAGCGGGGCUGGCCGCGCGGUUCCAGCUGCGGUAUGAAUCCUCAGCGCUGUCUCUUCCCCCUUCACGCCUGUGUUCUGCACCACAUCCUGCAGCGUCACUUCUCAAGGCUGCUGCUAUCAUCCCAAGCUGCUGUUUCCUCUGUACUACAUCCUCGUGUCAGCAUCGUAAAUAUUUUAUAUAGAAUAACUGCUUGUUACCGCUAUCUACAUAAAAUUCUGGUCGUGCUGUGCCAAGAUAAACCAAAGUAAAACUA